CUCGACACACGUCAAGUGGGAAAGCCCGCACGUCGGCCAUCCUUCGCUGCCUCUCGCUCCCGUCUUUCAGGCUCGGCCCAUCCUCACGAAGCGCGGGACGAGGCACCCCUGUCUACCUUACUCGCUUACGGAUAUAGACCUUCAAAUUCCACGAUGGGCACACCCGCUCUCUUUAUCAAGUUUGGCACGUGCCAUUGACCGGGAAGAAUGAAGAUGGUCCUUACCACCUACCGAAAGAAAGUUCAAGGGAUAGAAAAAAAGUCUAUGCCGUCAUACUUUAUCCUACUUAGGAAGUUCGGCGGGCCCGUCGGCGUGUCUUUUGCUACACUAUAGCCUGCAGUUAGACUGAAGACACGAGACCAUCUAUUGCAGCGCGAUGGGGUCGUCUUCCUUUGUCCACAUUCCUACAUCGCCGUAAUGCCAAAUCGCUACGCCAUGUCUUGACCACAGAUCAUCCGCCGUCCACGAUCGAAACCCUGCUUUGCCUUCUUCGUCUACUUCUUCGUCCCCUUCGGCAACAGGGAACACGGCGGCAAUUGACCGUUCACCCAGCGGGAGGGCACACAUCUGAGACGAGUGAACCCCGGAUCGUCGCCCGCUGGUUUGAAACUCCCGUCCUCGAUCCGCCGGCUACCGAAAGUAAAGCGCACGCGGCUCCCUUUCGAAACGUUUCUCUAGCUGGCGCAGGUCAGUCACCCUUGGGUUUUGUACGUCUCUUUGCCGCGCCUCGGCUCGCUCGACAGACGGUCUAUCCUGCUUUGCUGCUGCACUGCUUCCUGAGCCGGCGCCAAUUGCAAGAAAGGAACAUCAAACUCGUAGGGGGCAUCGUGACCACCCCAUCGUACCGACUCGCUUUCGGACUUUCGAGAAAGAGAGAAACACACGCGCGUACACACACACACACACACACAUGCACAGAGAGGGAAGGAGAUAAAAUUCACCAGAUUAAACUAUGACUGGCCACGGCAACGUGCUCACCCACUUCCGGGGGGCCGCCAUCCUGGCUCCGUGGGUGCUCUGGCUGCUGCUGGCCGACACGGCCAUCUCCCUUCAGCUGCCUCUCAAGUGGUUGGCCCCCGACUUUGUCUACAACUCAUCCUCGCGCAUCGCCGAAACGGUGUGGUACUGGAUCCAGAUCAUCUUUGAGCGCUUUAACGGCGCCGACCUCACCUUUUCUGGCGAUGCCAUCCCCCACGGCGAGUCGGCCGUCGUGGUCGCCAAUCACGUCGGAUGGGCAGACUUCUACAUGAUCCAGGCCCUGGCCAUCAAAGCCGGCAUGCUGGGCCGGUGUCGUUACUUUGCCAAGAUCCAGCUGCGGAUCGUCCCGUUCCUUGGCUGGGGUUUGUGGGCGAUGGGGAUGCCUAUGGUGAGUCGCAACUGGGCCAAGGACAGGCACGAGCUCGACAGAGUGUUUGCUGGAAUCAUGAAUAGGCAAUGGCCGACCUGGCUUAUCAGCUUCAGUGAGGCCACUCGCUUCACCCAGAAAAAGUACGAGCAGUCCAUCGUUUGGUGUAAGGAAUCCGGCCGGCCGCAACCCAAGCACCUGCUAUAUCCCCGGACCAAGGGCUUCAUCACCACGGUGCAGCACCUCAGGAAGGCUACCCAUGUCAAGGCGGUGUACGACGUGACGAUCGCGUACCAGAGAGGGAGCGAGUUCUUGGUGGCGCCGAGCAUGUGGGAUACCCUGAGCGUCCCCGGGCUGAGUUCCCGACUGGGGUACAAAUUCCACGUUCACGUCCGCAGGUUUCCCCUUGAGACUCUGCCGCAGGAUGACGAGAAGCUGGCAAAGUGGCUCGAGAACUUAUGGGUUCAGAAGGGAGAAUGGUUGGAUCUGAAGAAGGCCGAAUGGGCAUCUACGGCAUGAAAAUGGCUCUGGUCGUGGUGCGCUGCAGCGAGUGCGAUCUUUUUACCUUGGCCCAACAUCGACGUAUGCUGCGUAGUUGUCCUCGAUGGGCGUCCUCUGCAGCAUCCCACUUUCAAUAUACCAGAAGAACUGGGCUGAAUGGGUCAUUGAAGGCUUUAUAACGAACUGCCGCUCCUUGCCGCUAUACAUCGCCCUGCGAUUCAAUCGUACAUUGUCUCAGACGACGAUGGACUUGAUAUAUUGAUGGGCAGCCAGAGCAUACUGUUUCUUCAGCAAAAGUCAUGUGAUCUCUGCGGCAUUCUGUUUUGUUGUAGCGGCUGUCUCGCUUUGGCCGGCAACGUCCCAUUUUUGUAUGAUUAAGUCCUUGCUGACCUUUCUCGGCCUUAAUGCUUAUGGUACGAGGCUCUUGGGAGCUUCGUUCUAACAACGCUUAGUAUGUGGGAAACCCUGCCGUCGGCGAAUGACGGGCAAUUACAACCAGGGCAGUGUGUGUGGGUGAUAUUGCUGCUUGUAACCAUCUUGCUGCAAUACGUCAGUUGCCGAAUGCUGGUGGGCAGUUGUGCCGCAGUAUGUACCGAGGGACCGCUUCACCGAUGAAGACAACUGCCAAGACGUUGGCGGGGUGAGCUGAGCGCCGGGCAUCAGCCUUGUUGUAAAACUGAUACAGCAACAAGUGCCGAGGCAGCGACGGAAGAGCUGGACCCUUGGCUCUCGAAAGGUUCUCCAGCGACAUCUUCGAGCGCGAUGUCUCUCGUCUUUCGGCCCCAUGUACUCACUCACCGUCCAACAUCAUCAC